CCGCAAGUCUUCAGUAUAUGGUGACAACCUGUUGGUGAUACAAACUCAUUACCCAAAAUCUAGUCCUCUACACUUCGGUAAGGGAAACUAGUAGACGCAUAUCGCGCAUUCCAUCAUGCAAUGGCAACUACCUUCGGCCCCACGUGGCCCAUCAAGUCUCGAAAAGCAGCCGAUCCUUGCUGCGAAUCGAGUCCAACAGCAGGAUGGGCCGUCUCAUAUAAAGGCGGCGACGUGGUCACCAGAAGAACCGCGUCGUCCCUGGGUGCGCACGACGAUCAUUACAGUCUUACUGUCCAUUAUGAGCAUUCUCUCGCUGCUCACUUUUUUCACCCUGGGCCUGGGUAUCCAUGGCCUUCCCCAUGCCCGUCCGUCAAGUCCCUCAUACGGCAAGCCGGUAAACCCCAUCAAGGACAGCCCGAUUAAAAAUGUGGUGGUUUUAGUCGAGGAGAAUCUGAGCUUUGACGUGUUUGCCGGUGGCUUGACAUACAACUCCAAGAUUGAUGGGUUGGUCAACCGGGAGUAUUGCAACCCCUCAAACGCCUCGGACCCCUACUCGGACAAGGUGUGCGCCAAGCCGAUCGCGAAGAAUGUGGCUCCCGAUGAUCCAGACCACAGCAUUACGGGUGGAAACCAACAGGUGUACAGCACCUACCAUCCGAACGCGAAGAAUGACAUGCCUGGCAUGCAAGGCUUUGUAACGGAACAGAUCGUCUCUUACGGCCUGGGCUCCGACUUGAGUCGUGCGGCGGAGGUCAUUAACUACUACACUCCGGACCAUGUGCCCGUUUUCAACGCCAUGGCCGAAAACUUUGUGCUUUUUGACCGCUGGUUUGCAGCUGUUCCGGGCCCGACAAAUCCUAAUCGUGCCUAUCUGACUUCUGGUACUUCUCACGGUCACGGCCAAAAUGACCAUGACUUUGACGUGUCGGCCCUGCCUCAGGUGUCUAUAUUUGAGCAGCUGUCGGCCGCCGGCAUUAGCUGGAUCAAUUACUCCAACACCACCGGUUUCCUCCCAGAUUCCUUAUUCUACCAGUGGACGGCCAAGAGUGGCAAGGGUGACACUAACGUCAAGCCGAUCGACCAGUUCUUCAAGGAUGCCAAGGAUGGUACACUGCCCCAGUUUACCUGGAUUAACCCGGAGUGCUGUUCCUAUAUGUCCUUCCACCCACCCUCUCCAAUUAACAUGGGCGAGGGCUUCAUCAAGAGCAUCUACGAGGCAGUACGCUCAUCCCCGCAGUGGAACGAGACGCUGUUCAUCCUUACUUUCGACGAGCACGGUGGUUUUGCCGACCAUGUGUCUCCGCCGGAGAACGUGCCUGCCGGUGACAACCUGACGUACACCGAAAAGGCAAAGGACGGUCAGGAGGCCACCUUCCACUUCGACCGUCUGGGUAUCCGGGUGCCUACUGUUUUGAUGUCUCCCUGGGUGGGCAAGGGGUUGAUUCAGAACAGCCCGACCGACCAGCCCAACGAGUUCACCCACACUUCCAUCCUGAAGUAUGUGGCAGAGCUCUGGAAUCUCGAUAUCCUCACUCCUCGCGUCGACUGGUCUCCCAGCUUCCGAGGUCUGAUCACCAACACCUUCCGUGGUGAUACUCCGGAGAAACUACCGGAGCCCGCCGAUUUCUAGAGAUGAACACUGUACAGUCUAGGCUCGAAAUCUAGAGAGUAAAUGACCAUGAUGACGAUAUAGCUAUAACAAUUACCGUUUCAAUUAAAUGAAUGCAGGCAACCAUAAAGAGUUUGGCCUUGCGAAAGUAAAUCAGUUCCUACCCAAGGAGCUAUUACUUCAAUUUGUCUCAUGAAAUUGGGCUCAGCCUCCACAGCCUUGCGGUCUAGUCAGGGGGAGUCAGGGGGGAGCCGGAUAUAUACACUUCCGCAAUUCAGAAUAUCCAUGGUUUGAAGUUCAUGGUCUGGUCAAAUUGCCUGCUUUUUGAAUGGAAAGGCCUCGCUCUUCUAGUCUAUAAUGGGCUGUCCUGCCCUAUAAGCGUAGAUUAGUGUCGCUCAGUUUUCCUCCUGGCAACAUGUCCUGUUGUUCGAUGUAGAAGAUGGUGAGAUGUGAGGCCAUUUGGGACCUGAUGCUCGGCGAUAAGAAAUAAACGCAACACGUUUGAACUUUGGUAACCCUUAUGUGCUC